UCCCUUCGAGCGUCAGGAAGGAUGUAUUGCAAAUACGGCACCCUGAAACGCGACGUAAGUUCGGCUGACGGAGAAAAAUAACUUCUAUGCUUUGUGGAUAAUGAAAGUGGCGUAAAGUGUACAAAAAAGUUUUACGUUUCGUCAGCGUUAAACAGUGGUAGUAAGAGCGAUUACAGUUAGAUUGUACUGUUAGGCAAGCUGGCAUCUACCCCCCUCACGUGACAGCCAACAGUGCUGUGCCUCAACUUAACCAGUGCCUGCGACACGCAUGUUGGUUUUAAUGAAGACCGCCAUAAGUGAGAGUACCUCUUCGAUUGGCUGCGUCGUGACCAAAGUGAAGUGGGUAGUUGAACUCACAUAAUGCGUAGUUAGUCACUUUAGUACAAUUGCGUCUCCUGUCUCAGCGUCGUCGUCUGCUUCAUUCUAACAGACUAGUAAAGAAGUUCUUAUAGUCUUUCGCCGCCGACGUGGGGAAGUACGACAUAAUUGUUGUUAUUGGUUCUUAAAAGGAGCCACUAUCUAAAUGAAAGGUAGGAUGUGGUUAUUCAAAACGGUACGGAAUUUGCCGGACGAUCCACAUCUGCCUUGGCUGUUUCUUCUACUAUACGUGCUUCACUUACUAUUCGUUGAUGGCGCCGUUGUCGUAGAUCUAACAGGCCAGAUCGAGCACGUCUACGCUAGCGUCGAAGAUGGUCAAGCAUCACUGCCUUGCAAUCUUCGCUUAUACGAAGCGUCUGUCGUGGAGCACGUUGUCUGGACCCGAGUGUCGACGAAGGAGGUGAUCUAUCGUCUCGAUGGCCGUCGCGGUAUAAACGCUCGCGGAGUAUUCGCCUCACCACAUCACGUUACCUCGCCGGCGUGGACAGGUCGAAGUUAUUUCUCUUUGGCUCGCCAACCAGCGACACUCAAAAUUGCCCGCCUUGAGCUCAGCGACUCGGACGAAUAUACCUGCGAAGUUCAACACGCUGAUGGGACGACGCUCACUCAUAGACUCGUGUUCACCGUUAUUCAUGCUCCAAAGGUCCAGGUUUCUAUCCGAGGAGGCCACGACAGCUUGGCGGUUAACGAAGGCGACGAUGUCUAUCUAGAAUGCACUUUCUCAGCAAAUCCGGAACCUCAUACCAUCCUCUGGUAUCACGACAGCCGCUUACUGCCAGAAUACCUUGUGCCCAUAACAACAGGUCCCUACCUGAUUCUGAAAGGCGCCAGACCCGAACACUCAGGAAAUUAUACUUGUUCUGUUGCUAAUCUUCUGGGAAACGCUACGAGCGGUCCGGCAAACCUGCAGGUGAAAUAUCGGCCACGUUGCGUUUCGUUAUGGAGAUCGCCCAGUGUCGCAUCGUUACUGCCGAUCUCGAAAGGCGUAGCAAACCCUUUACAUGCACAGAAGUCCAGCAUAGGCCAGGACAUCGUUGACGAGAUUCGUAUUGGCUGUGAAUUGGAUUGCGAUGAUGGCGCGACGUGUGACUUCAUCUGGGAUGUAUUUGAUGAAGCCGGUGUACGAAUGAACAUUCAACCUCAUUCAGAAGAACCAGUCAAAGCAACGACUCAGUCCAGAUCUCGUCUAGCAGAAUUUAGUAUACCGAGGAGAUACAGCCAGCAACCGUUACGAAUAGAGUGUCGAGGAAAGAACCGCAUUGGAGUUACCAAAAUUCAACCAUGUUCACUGGAAAUUCCGUCAGUUGCUGGAGGAAACGAAAAUCAGUGCGUUCUUUCAUGGGGCGAUACACGCCGUCUGCGCAAAGCCAGUGAUCCGCUUCUUGUUAGAUGCCCGCUAAAGGAAGGUCGUCCUCAACAAUGGCGCCGUCCUGAUCAGAGCAACGAGGUACAACUAUCUGAUUACGGCACGGGUCACACGUACGUCCUGGAGAUUCUAAACGAACUCGGCCACGUAGUGGAUCAUCUGGUCUCGCCGGAGCCACGGUUCGCCCUUGAGGCAGGCAGCCGCUGGCGGGAAGGCAGCGGAGAAGUUCCUCAGAUGGAAAAAUUGCUUCUGCGAAUUGUCAUCCCCAGUUUGCAAACCACCAGAACCGUUGGCCUCCAGAGAAGUGUCGGCGGUAGCCAUAGUAAUAGGCCCGGCGUUAAGGCUAAUGCGGAAAGCUCCAUACCGUUUACAUUGUGCUGUUCGGCCCGCGGAAAGGACCUUGCACAAAUGCUUCUUAAGCCGCGGAGCGAGCCACUGGCUACGUCCAACGCCUUUACAUAUGGCGGCCUAAAAACAGCACAGCUGCACAAGCACGCAGUCAUUCUUAUGGCGACAUGCACCGUCGCCAUAGUAUCCCUUAUAAGUCGAUAACACAAAUCAUGGGCGAGAUCGGAGCGUAGACACCAGAAGAGCAGACAAAGACAGGAAAAUCACGAUAGCAUCUAUAGAAAGCAACGCAUCGACAGCAUGGUUUGUCUAGAUAUAAGGGAAACAUUCGGCGAUAGAACAGGCGGGAUCGUAGAAUCUCUAAAUGCCACUUAUGAUUCCAUUGAAGCUGUCGGAGUUACCAGCUCGUUCGAGGUCGCCGAGGCGGUGUGAGCAUUCCAUUCGCGGGAUUCCUCAAUCAGAAUCGAGCCAAUAACAACAGAGAGUUGAACGAAGAGCCAUGUAAAAGUAGAUUGCCUGGUUCAUCUGUGCGCGAUAUAAGGAUGGUGAUCAUACGUGGCGUGGCAGCCGUGUGACUGAGCUCGCGCCUAAUCGCUUUAUGUUUAUCUGUAAAUGUGCGGGUGCGUGAUCAGGAGCUAUUACGAUGAUCGUGACGAGUUUUUUUUACUUUGAAGCUUUCGAGUGUGGUGUAUGUUGAGCAAAAUGUGAAGAAGCCAGAGUGCAGACGACAAUGUGCCGACAAAUCACAGUCUGAUUCGGAUUUGUCACUCGCGUUCAGAGCAGAACAUCGUCCAUGCGUAAACGGCUAUCGAAGCCUACAAGUCCAUAAAGUAAAUAGGGGACUCUCAAAUUUUAAGCGACAUAAACGAAAUAGGUUUCGCAUUAACGAUAUACAUGUCGACGUGUAAAUAACGCAUAUCUAUAUACAAAUAAGUAAUUGCCCAGGGAAGUAAAUGAAUGCGAACUUUAGUAAGGUAGAGGUAAGAGAGAGAGAGAGAGAGAGAGAGAGAGAGAGAGAAUAUGUAAAAAUGAUAGUGGUGUAAUAUCGAUGGGACGUUGAGAAGGCAGCGGAAGGCACCCUGCCAUCUCGAACGUGAAUUCUGUGUUUAGCGCACCGAUCCACCCCAUUCAUCGUGUUCAGAACAAACUUGUAUGUCGUAAAUUAAAAGAGUAAAAGACGAAUCAGCUAGAACAAAAGUCACACAAAGAAAAAAAAUUAUGUUCCGUAAUAUAUACACACAAACCAAA